AUAAUAUAAUAUAUAAUGUUCUUAAAUUAUUCCUGAUUUUUUUUUUUAAAAACCUGAGCUGCCAAGAAGAAGAAAAGCCUAUUCUCCCCUUAGCCCUCUUCUAAUUUUUAUGUGAAUCUAAACUGCUGUAGAAGGCCAUAUGCGAUUGUUAAAUUAUAUAUAGAGAGAGAGAAAGAGAGAGAGAUAUAUUUUUUACUCUGAACAAUGCUUAUUCUUCUACAUCCAUAGAUGCUUGACAGGCUGUGGGUUUGGUGGUGUUUUUUCUUGGGUCAUUCAUGUACAUUUUCCUUUGGAAAAAGAAAGCGCCUAUUUUACUAACCAAAGACUUGAUUUUUUUACUCUCUGCAUUUUUAUUCCCUCCUACAAAAAAAAAAAAAAAAGCCCAAUUGGAUUCAUGUCAAUGUUUUCAGAGCCCUUUUUUUAAAUCGUAUUAUUUUUUUUUUUCUUUCAGAGAGCCCAUUAUUCCAAAUCAGAGCUGCUUAAGGGGAUAAACUCAGAUCUUCUGAGUUAGCUCUAAAAUAGACAUUUCUCACAAAACAACUUCCAUUGGGGCGUGGAGACAUCAGGUUGGCUUGUUUUUUAACCUUUUUUUUUUUUUUUUCUUUUUUAAAUUGUGGGAUUCUGAUCCUAAAAAGAAAUAAAUGGGGGAUUACGGGUUCGGAGUGCUGGUACAGAGCAAUACUGGGAACAAGCCUGCGUUUCCGGUUCGGUUCCAUCCGCACCUGCAGCCUGCGCCGCAUCACCAGGCCGCCGCCCCGGGCCCCGCCGCUUUCCUCGCCAGCAGCGCGGCGGGCGCGGGCGCGGGCGCGGGCGGCGCGGGCUCGGCCUGGCUCUUCCCGGCGCCCGCCGCGCACAACCUGCAGGAUGAGCUCCUGGGGUCGGAGAAGGCCAAGGGCCCGGCCCCGGAGCCCGCGGAGCCGGGGCUGGAGAAGCAGCCGCUGUCGCCGGGCCCCGGCCCCGGCCCGGACGGCGCGGCCCUGCCGGACCCGGAGAAGGCCAAGGCGGACGACAGCCCCGGCGACGGCCCGUCGGACGGCGGCCCCGGCCAGGACAAGAUCCGCCUGGAGUCGCCGGUGCUGACGGGGUUCGAUUACCAGGAGGCGGCGGCGGCGGCGGGGCUGGGCGCCUCCCCGCAGCCCCUGGCCUCCAGCGCCGCCGCGUCGCUGCCGGGCUUCAGCAGCUGGUCAGCGGCCCUGGCGCCCUCCUCGUCCUCGUCGUCGUCGUCCUCCUCGUCGUCGUCCUCCUCGUCGUCCUCCGCCGCCGCCGCCGCCAUCCUCGGCGAGGACGCCAGCUUCUUCCCCCCGGGCGCGGGCGUGCCGGCGGCGCCCUCGGCCAGCAGCGGCGCCCUGCUGUUCCAGAACUUCCCCCACCACGUGAGCCCGGGCUUCGGCGCCGGCUUCUCGCCGCAGCCGCUGGGGGCCCUGUCCCAGCCGCACGCGCACCACCCGCACUUCCCGCCGCACCACGGCCCGCACCCGCCGCCGCCGCCGCCGCGGCGCUCGCCGGCCAGCCCGCACCCGCCGCCGCCGCCGCCGCCGCCGCCGCCGCCCUUCGCGCACCGCCCCGCCGCCUUCGGCCAGCUGCCGCACCUGCCCGGCGGCCUCAGCAAGCCGCCCUCGCCCUGGAGCAGCUACCAGAGCCCCUCGCCCACCCCGGCCUCCUCCUGGAGCCCCGGCGGCGGCGGCGGCGGCGGCGGCGGCGGCUGGGGCGGCGCCCCCCCAGGCCGCGACCACCGGCGCGGCCUCAGCGGCGGCAUCGCGCCGCUCACCUCCAUCUCGCCCCUGAAGAAGAGCUUCGCCAGCAACCACCUGCCGCUCCAGAAGUACGCCCGCCCCAGCGCGGCCUUCGCCCCCAAGUCCUGGAUGGACGACAGCCUGAACCGAGCCGACAACAUCUUCCCCUUCCCGGAUCGCCCCAGGACAUUUGACAUGCACUCAUUGGAGAACUCCCUCAUUGACAUCAUGAGAGCCGAAAACGAUUCCAUUAAAGGUCGUGUAAACUAUUCAUACCCAGGAUCCGAUAGUUCUCUGCUUAUUAAUGCAAGGACAUAUGGGCGGAGGAGAGGUCAGUCCUCGCUGUUUCCCAUGGAGGAUGGGUUCCUGGACGAUGGCCGCGGGGACCAGCCUCUGCCCAGCGGCCUGGGAUCGCCGCACUGCUUCCCCCACCAGAACGGGGAACGGGUGGAGCGCUACUCCCGCAAGGUGUUCGUGGGCGGGCUGCCUCCCGACAUCGAUGAAGAUGAGAUCACCGCUAGCUUCCGUCGCUUUGGCCCUUUGAUUGUGGAUUGGCCUCAUAAAGCUGAGAGCAAAUCCUACUUUCCUCCUAAAGGCUAUGCAUUCCUGCUGUUUCAAGACGAGAGCUCCGUCCAGGCGCUCAUCGACGCUUGCAUCGAAGAGGACGGCAAGCUCUACCUGUGUGUCUCCAGCCCCACCAUCAAGGACAAGCCUGUGCAGAUUCGGCCCUGGAAUCUGAGCGACAGUGACUUUGUGAUGGAUGGUUCACAGCCACUUGACCCAAGAAAAACAAUAUUUGUGGGUGGCGUUCCUCGACCCCUACGAGCUGUGGAGCUCGCGAUGAUCAUGGACCGGCUGUAUGGCGGCGUCUGCUACGCCGGCAUCGACACAGACCCUGAGCUCAAGUACCCCAAAGGAGCUGGGCGAGUUGCCUUCUCUAACCAACAGAGCUACAUAGCUGCUAUUAGCGCCCGCUUUGUUCAGCUGCAGCAUGGAGAGAUAGAUAAACGGGUGGAAGUGAAGCCAUACGUGCUGGAUGACCAGCUCUGUGACGAAUGCCAGGGGGCCCGUUGUGGGGGGAAGUUCGCCCCCUUUUUCUGUGCUAACGUUACCUGUCUGCAGUAUUACUGUGAAUAUUGCUGGGCGGCCAUCCAUUCUCGCGCCGGCAGGGAGUUCCACAAGCCUCUGGUGAAGGAGGGAGGGGACCGGCCCCGGCACAUUUCAUUCCGCUGGAACUAAAGGGGUGCCUGACUGAGCCCGUCCCGCUGGCUAGUGUCCAGUUAAGUACACUCUCCCACCCCCUCCUGACCUCUUCCUCCCCCCGACCCCCCUCCUCCCAGCCUCUCCACACUGGCAUGUCUUCGUAGCAGUGUGUAACCUAACGAUAGUACAAUGAAAAAGAAUGGCCUAUAUAACGUAGGUGUUUCGUAGAUUCCUGUACGGCUAGUCUGUAGGAGCUCUUUUUUUUUCUUUCUUUCUUUUUUUUCCUUUUUUCUUUCCAUCAUGGUUGGUGUCUGAAGUUCCCAUUCUCUUGGUUUCCCCCAGGACCAAGCGAAUCCAAACUUCCUGCAGCGUUUUCUUAGAGGAGAAAGAGAAACUUAUUAACAGAGAAAAGAAACAAUAGAGUAUUUUUAGGUUUUUACUUAAAUUAUUGUGAAUAAUAGAUCAUAUACGAAUACUUUUAUUAAAAAAUAACCAUGCAACAGUAA